CCCCACCCCCUUACGGAAGGGGGAAGACGCUAGAGACGAAGAUGCUGGCUUCAUUAAACGCCGGUACUAAUGAGCGGCGGAGGGAUGCAGCUGUCAGCACGCCCGCUGCCACUCGGCCCUGCUCUGCGCCCCCGACCAAAAAUACUCCCAUGGGCAUCGUGACCACAGACAGUGUCCUACGCCGCGUUUCCCGGGCCCCUGCCCGCCCCCUGAACACCGGAGGCUGCCCAGCCGUGCGCUGCCGGCCCCUCGGCUGCCCCUCGCCGAGUUCCUACCGCCCCUCCACGCACCGCCUCCCGACGCCACGCUGCCCGGGCGGGGCCCGUGCCCUUGCUGGGGUCCCCUCGCCGGCGGUGCCCCCCCGCCAGGGGAGGGGGAGCGGAGGUCUUGACAGUCUCAGAGCGAGCCCCCGCACCUCGGAGCCGGCGGCCAGCCUGACGGCGGCCCCCAGCCCCCCCACCAUGAACACCAUCGUCUUCAGCAAGCUCAGCGGCCAGGUGCUUUUCGAGGAGGACGCCAAGGAGAGGGAGCGGAGCGGACGGCCCUACAUGGGGGUGGUUGAAGGGCCGCACCACGCCGAGGUGCUUCUCCCCGACAGUCCGUCCAUCAAGGAGAGCCUCAGCCUGCGCAACCGGCGGACGGGGGCGCGGCAGAACGGCGGGAAGGUGCGGCACAAGCGGCAGGCGCUGCAGGACAUGGCGCGGCCGCUCAAGCAGUGGCUCUACAAGCACCGCGACAACCCCUACCCCACCAAGACCGAGAAGAUUCUGCUGGCCCUCGGCUCUCAGAUGACCCUGGUGCAGGUAUCAAACUGGUUUGCCAAUGCAAGACGUCGGCUGAAGAACACUGUCAGGCAACCAGAUCUCAGCUGGGCUUUACGAAUAAAACUGUACAACAAGUAUGUUCAAGGAAAUGCUGAACGACUCAGCGUGAGCAGCGAUGACUCAUGCUCUGAAGAUGGAGAAAAUCCUCCAAGAAACCAUAUGAAUGAAGGGGGAUAUAACAAACCAGUUCAUCACACUGUGAUUAAAACUGAAAAUUCAGUAAUAAAAACAGGAGUGAGACCAGAAACAAGUGCCAAUGAGGAUUAUGUGUCACCCCCCAAAUACAAAAGCAGCUUGUUGAAUCGUUACCUGAAUGACUCAUUGAGACAUGUCAUGGCUACUAAUGCAGCUAUGAUGGAAAAAACAAGGCAAAGGAAUCACUCUGGUUCGUUUAGUUCCAAUGAAUUUGAGGAAGAGUUGGUGUCUCCAUCAUCAUCAGAGACAGAAGGCAAUUUUGUCUACCGGACAGAAACUCUGGAGAAUGGACCAAAUAAGUGUGAAAGUGCAGCUAACAGAAAAGGAACCAGCAAAGAUGAAACGUACUGGAAGGAGAUCAACGCAGCUAUGGCCCUAACGAACCUUGCCCAGGGGAAAGAUAAACUGCAGGGAACUACCAGCUGCAUCAUUCAGAAAUCAUCACAUAUAUCAGAAGUAAAGACUGUCAAAGUGCCAUUAGUUCAGCAGUUUUAAGAGAUUGGGUCCUAUUUCUUUUUCCUGCCCAACGGACAUUUUCCUCACCGGGAUCGGUUGUCAACAAAAUCAGAUUCACAGAUACGAGGCAAAUAGGCUCCCUUUUGGUCAGUUCAAAAACAAACCCAAACGAAACGUUCCUUCUGACUCAGACAUUUUCAUUGUACUAAAUGAAAUGUUGAAUUGCUUCUAUAAAAGGCAUGUAAAUUAUAAAAGAAACCCUGUUUUUAUCAGAACAUUAACUUAUUUUAUGUUAAUCAAAGCGCGCAUAAGAUGUUUGCAUUGCUAUUACAGUAAGUGCCUUGCUUUCGAGAAAUAAGCUAUAACGUGGGCAUAGUACAGCAGUAUUAUGCCUCAAAAUGACAAUGCCAUAAUGCUUAAACUUUGUAUGUUAUUCCAAGUGGGCUUAAGCAGCCUAGGGCUGAACACAUUACUGCUGGAGGCCCUGGAGAGGUUGUGCUUGUUUGACUUGUACAAAUCGACGAGUCUUAAUGAAAUUGUUACAUCAUUUUCUCUCUCUCUCUCUCUCUCUCUCUUUUUCUUUUAAUCAGCAGUGUUAUAAAAAUUGUACAGUAUGUUUGGGGCUUUGUUUUGUUUUGUUUUGUCCAAGUGACAAUGGGGUUGUUAUGCAUGUUUCUUACCUGUAUAUGCAGUAUAUUAAAAUACCAAAAUCAUUCCUUUGAAAAGUGCAAUACUCAAGACCACAAAAAUUGAGGAAACAAUUCAUCGUUCACAUUGUGUUGAACUAAUACUCCCAGCCACCUUGCUCGUUCAAGAUUUCUAGUUGAGAAGGUUUUAGCUGUAAAUUCAGGUUGAAUUUCCACAGUUUAAAAGCUUUGCUAGUGACUUCCUGAAGUUUUGGUAGAAGUGAAGUUGGUUUCUUCUGGUACAAAACUAAACCUGCAGCACCAUUUGUUGUUUGCAGCGGAGCUCCGAAAAGUUUCCACGGUGGAACUUAGUACUGUAAUGUGGUUUAAACAGUUCUAUCUCAUAGGUACUGCAGAAGUGAGGACAGUUGAUUGACAGUUCACAUUUCAGUUGAGGAAAAGCUCUAAGAUAAGCUAUCAAAGGCCAAACUAGAAACACAAAUGUGAAAUGAACCAUUGAAAAUCUCAGCAUUUAAAGAUGGGAGGACUUUGAGGAGAGACUAAGCUAUGUAUUAAAUGUCACGUCUCUAAACUUGACUGCUGGUGAGUGUAACAAAUAGCAUAAAACCAGGUUUAUUUUGAAGUUUUCUUGGGAGUUGUACAAGUGAUUCUUAAGUCAUAUAACAAUAGUCUAAUGAGGUUUACAGUGCUUGAAUAAACAGUGGCAAAAGCAAACCCAAUUUACACAGAAUCAGUUACAGAGAACUGGAAAAGCAAUGAUUGUUGCUAGGAAUUGGAUGGGUUUUUUUCCUGUGGGUAUCCUGUCAGGGUUUUUUCCUACUUAUUCCUUUCCUUGCUUCUCUUUUUUGGUGAGCCAUCAAUGAACAAGACAAGACUUCAGUCCUGCUCUGGCUGAGUUUAAAGGCAGAACUCCCACUUCAGUGGAAGCAGGACUAACGGUGAAACUAACACGCAAGUAGAGGCUGUUCCAGUUGCACUAAAAUAAUCAAGACCCAUUGCAGACAUCAGCCUUGGUGUGACUUCUUAGGAAACUUCUCAAUGUAACAUAACAUGUUGUUGAGUUUAUUUAGUGUACAAUGAAAAUGAUUUGAUAUGAAAAUAUUUUGUACAUAUAUAUUUUUACUUUGUUUUCUAAAUUGCUGAUUACAUUGACUUAAAAGUGCCAAGCAAGAAAUGUAUGUCAUGACUGUAUGAACAGUUGAAGUAUACCUUUUACUGACUUGCAUCAUUCUAUGUCUUAAGAUUCCAUGACAUUCAUUUUUGUUUUUGAUACUUUACUGGAUUUUGACAUAAUAAUGUGAGUUUAUAACUAAUAGCAGAGAGUUAAUACUUCACUUUUGUUCAUACUAUUAUAAGUUAUUCUGGUAUUAAAAUAUUUUGUGACAAUAAAUUGAUGGUUUGGACAGACUUUUCUGUUAGAAAUAUUCACAGUGGUUUUGGUCUGUAUAAAUGACAAUAAAAUGUAAAAUAAUAAUAAAAAGACAAAAAGCUACUUCUGGGGACUUCUCUGAAGUAAAAGUGGAGAAGACAAACCAUUGUAUAAACAACCUGCUCCGGGUUCUUUUUCUUUCAGAUGAUCAAAGCACAAAGAAUAAUCUGUAAAACACAUCAAGUGGGUUUUAAAUUGAAGAAAUACUUGGCAUAAGUUCCUGGUAUCAUUUCCUUUAAUUUAUUUUUUUUUCCUACUGCUGCUUUAGAGGUUUCUGAAAACACAAAUUCUAAUGAAUUAUGUGUGUGUCUUUUAAUAACAAAAAAAAAACCCCACAAUCAGUGCUGAGCCAACAGCUAAUGAAGACUCAAUAAUUAUUUAUAUGAUAUUGGGGAAAAACAAACACUAUUACUAUUGCUCUUCUUUGUUUCAACAUAUGUAACCAUUUUAGUAAAAUAAAUAACUGCAAACAACA